CACUUCGAUCCAGAUUUCGUAAAAACAAUCAAAGCUACAUACCAUGAUCGAUCGUAUUAUGGAAGACCAUCAUACCAAUGUGUUCAUUGCUCCGCACUUUUUUGGCACAACGAGAGAAUAAGGUCAUCUGUGGGAACAAGAUCUGUCAUCUACAAUAGUUGUUGUAAAGGUGGUAAAGUUCGCAUACCUGCUUAUAGACCCAGGCCUGAACCUUUAUUGUCAUUAGCAAGGUUUGAUGGUGAUGUGGUUUCAAAAAACUUCAUGCAAAAUAUAAGGCAAUACAAUUGCUUGUUUGCAUUUACAUCUAUGGGCGCUCAUAUUGAUAGAUCAUUGAAUGAUGGUCGCGGACCACCAGUCUUCAAGAUAUGUGGUCAGAUCCAUCAUCGAAUAGGCUCAUUACUUCCAAUGACCGACCAGCCCCCAAAAUUCCUUCAACUUUAUGUAUAUGAUACAUCACAUGAGGUAAAUAAUCGAAUACGGUCUUUAUCAAGUGAUGAUGCUCCUGAUUCUCCUAUACAGCCACAAAUUGUUCAUGAACUAUUACAGAUGUUGGACACCCAUAAUCCUUUCGCUAAAAAAUUCAGAAUUGCUAAGGAAAGGCUUAUCGAACACGCAGACGAGGAAUUUAUCAUUAGAAUUAUUGGAGCCAAAGAAGGAGAUCCUGUGCAAUAUGACAUGCCAACAACUGAUGAUUUAGCCAUGCUAGUUAUCGGUGAUUUCUCCCUUGAAACCUUCAAACGAGACAUUAUCAUAGAAACCAGAAAUUAUGAAUUAAAACGAAUUUCAUCGUUACAUCCAGCUUAUAUGGCCCUUCAAUAUCCACUCCUAUUUCCAUAUGGAGAACGAGGUUUCCAAAUUGGUGUUAUGUAUAGCGGCUUACAAAACAGACAGGCAAAUUCAAGAGUUCGUAUGACAAUGCAAGACUAUUAUUGUUAUCAAUUUCAUUAUAAACCCGGGCAACCCAAUCCAUUUCUCUCUUAUGGGAUAUUAUCAAAUCAAGCUAAGGUCGAUGCCCGUGCCUGCAUUGAUGAAAAUAGGCUUACUUACAUUCUGAAUAAUCAGGACAAAUUAAGGAUGGAAAAUUUACAAGGUAUAUCAGAUGCUGUUAGUAGAGGUUGCAUAAACGGUGAAGAGAUGGGGAAAACAAUUGUGCUUCCAGCGUCACAUAUCGGUGGAAGACGAUACAUGAUACAAAACUAUCACGACAGCAUAGCUAUUUGCAGAGUUCAUGGCCCACCUGACUUCUUCGUAACCUUCACAUGUAAUGCAAAGUGGCCCAAAAUUAUUGAGAGUCUUUACCACUGUGGACAAAAAAAUUCUGACGCACCUGAUAUUGCGUGCUUCUUUGACAACUAUACAGAUGUUCUAGGAAUCUUGACAGAGAUUGGAUCUUUACAUCAUGUUGGUUACAACAACUCAAACAUCAUCAGAGACAUAUUUCUCAAGGACAUAAACAAUGCCUCUACAAAAGUGACGCUUUGGGGACACCAAGCAUCUAGCUUCUCUGUCGAUAACAUCUGCGAUGAGAAUGAUAACAAACCUGUUGUCAUACUAUUUGUUGGAUGCCUUGCUAAGAGAUUCAAAGGAGAAGCAUAUCUAAGUGCCACAGCAGCAUGUACAUGGUACUUCAACCCAGACAUUCCUGAAGCCCAGAUGUACUACAACAAGUAA